AUGGAAGAGGGAAAUCACUCGGUGGUGACUGAGUUCAUUCUCUCAGGACUGACAGAUCGCCCGGAGCUGCAGGUCCCCCUGUUUGUGUUGUUCCUACUGAUUUAUGUUAUCACCCUGGUAGGGAAUGGGGGGAUGGCCUUGUUAAUUACAAUUGACACCCGACUCCACACCCCCAUGUACUUUCUCCUCCGGAGUUUGUCUUUCUUUGAUCUCUGCUGUUCCUCAGUUAUUGCCCCUAAGAUGCUGCAGAUUUUCUUAGCUGAACGGAAAAGCAUUUCUCGAACUGCCUGCAUUGUGCAAUUGUAUUUCUUUAGCUGGUUUGCAGAUAUUGAGUGUCUCUUGCUGGCUGUGAUGGCGUACGACCGUUAUGUGGCCAUCUGUAACCCCCUGUUCUAUACAGUCGCCAUGUCCAGGCAGCAGUGUAACCAGCUGGUGGCUGGGGUGUGUGCUGCGGGGUUGGCAGAUGCAAUGAUACACACGUGUUGUACAUUUCGGCUGUCAUUCUGCUGCUCCAAUAUCAUCAACCAUUUCUUCUGUGAACUUCCCCCACUACUGGCACUCUCCUGUUCUGACACCCUCAUCAAUGAGAUUGUGCUGAUUGCUUCUAUAUGUUUCACUCUAGUAAUCAGCAUUGUGAUUAUCCUCCUCUCCUAUGUCUAUAUCAUCUCCACAAUCCUGAGGAUCCGCUCUGCCGAGGGCCGGCGCAAGGCCUUCUCCACCUGCACUUGUCACCUGACGGCGGUGAUCUUGUUUUAUGGCAGCCAACUCUUCAUAUAUUUACGCCCCCCCUCCAGCAAUUCCAUGGAAACAGACAAAGUAGCCUCAGUAUUUUACACGCUGGUGAUCCCCAUGUUAAACCCCAUCAUCUAUAGUCUUAGGAACACAGAGGUGAAGGAUGCUCUUAGAAAAGCCAUAUAUAAACCUCUCACCCAGUCAUAA